AUGUUGAAUUUUACUUACUUGGAAGAUAUUAAUGUUGAUAUUGGUGAUGAAUUUGCCACUUUAAAUCCACAAAACAUGUUGCAAGAUACAUCCGUGAGUGAGGAUUUCAAUCUCGAUUAUCCAUAUUCAAUGGCUAGAAAUAAUUCGUCGCUUGAUUUUGAUCGGCUGCAAGAUGAUUCACUCAUAUCAAAUGAGAAUUAUAACGAUAGCAUUGCGUACCUUCAACUAAUGCGACAUUCAUCGACAAUAUCAAUCAUGUACUGUAUAGCCUAUACACUUGUAUUUAGCGUUGGACUUAUCGGUAAUCUCUUUGUCAUUUCUGUGGUGUUUCGAGUACCGCGCAUGAGAACAGUAACAAAUUUAUUCAUCGCUAAUUUGGCAUUUGCUGAUGUUCUUGUGAUCAUAUUUUGUGUGCCUGCUACAUUAAUGAGCAACUUGUUUGUGCCAUGGAUUCUUGGAUGGUUUAUGUGUAAGACAGUACCGUAUAUUCAAGGAGUGUCGGUUGCUGCAUCUGUUUACAGCUUAAUUGCGGUAUCUUUAGACAGGUGA